CUGAUAGGUGGCACUGACUGGCACUGAUGGGUGACACUGAAAGGCAGCUCAGAUGGGCACUGAUAUGUGGCAUUGAUGUGGCACUGAUGGGCACUGAAAUGUGGCACUGAUGGGCACUGACAAGUGGCAUGGAUGAGCACUGAGAGCUCUCACUAAUGGACACUGACAGGUGGCACUGCUGGGGCUACAGAGAUCAUCAGGGCACACUGAUCAUCAGUGCUCUGCGGCUCUCCUCACAAGCUGUCAGCGUGACAGCUCGUGAGGAGAGAAAUGCCGAUAACCGGCAU